AUGGAUUGGACUCAUUGGAAGGUCGAUAUGUCGGGGAUUGGCUGUUGGAGCUACCCGAAUGUAGUUGCAGCCAGCGAAACCCUUGGCUAUUGGGGUAGCUAUCUUUGGCUACACGGAUGCUGUCUAGGCGGUACUGCUGGCUGCGUUGUAGCUGGUAGACUUGCAGAGGCGGACCCCAGCCUUGAGAUUCUACUCAUCGAGGGUGGCGCCAACAAUUACAACGUCCCCAGCAUUGUCAACCCGGCCGUUUUUCUUUCUCACCUCAACCCGUCGUCUAAGACUACUAUCUUCUACAAGGCGAUUAAAUCAAAGUGGCUGGCCGACAGAGAAUGCGUUGUCCCCGCUGGAGGCACCCUCGGAGGCGGUUCCUCGAUCAACUUCAUGGUGUAUACACGCGCCCAGCGUGAUGACUUUGAUUCGUGGCAAACCCCUGGUUGGUCUGCCGAUGAGCUCCUGCCAUAUCUCAAAAAGAUCGAGACAUACCAUGGCCCAGGCAAACGUGAAACUCAUGGGUUCAGCGGGCCCGUGCAGGUCUCCCAUGGGACCUGGUGUACGCCGAGAGUGGAGGACGACUGGCUCCAAGCAGCCCGCAUCGUAGGGUAUCCCGAGGUUCAGGAUCUGCAAGAUCUGGAUACCAAUAAUGGCUUCGAACGCUGGCUACGUUACGUCUCGCCCGAUGGACGACGGUCAGAUGCCGCCCAUGCCUAUAUUCACCCGCUACUCCGAGAUGGUAAGCAUCCUAAUCUGCAUGUACUUGUCGAAUCCAAAGUUUUACGCGUCUUGUUUGAUGCGAAAAAUAAGGCGUGUGGCGUUGAGUACGUGCUGAAUCCUGACCACCAGCCGCUUCAAUCUGGACAGCUUCCUAAGCAGACGGUCACGGCUCGAAAACUGGUUGUUCUGUCUUGCGGCACAUGCGGCUCACCUCUCGUACUUGAAAGAUCCGGCAUCGGAAGCGCUGAAGUACUUAAACGUGCCGGCGUCCCUGUUGUGGAAGAUCUACCGGGGGUUGGGCGUGACUACCAAGAUCACCACCUGAUAUUGUACCCCUACAGAACCUCGCUCGACCACAAUGAGACACUGGACGCGAUAAACACAGGUCGGCUGUCAUUUUCAGAUGCAGUCGCAAACAAGAACCCACUACUCGGCUGGAACGCCUGCAAUUUGCUGGGCAAGCUCCGUCCCAGCGAUGCCGAGGUCUCAGCUUUAGGUCCCGAAUUUCAACGAGCCUGGGAUGCAAACUUCCGGGACAAACCAAACCGACCACUGAUGCUCUUGGGGCUUAUUCAAUCCCUUGUACCCCCUCCAGGAGUGGUGCCAGAGCCCGGUCAAUACGUCUCCGUGGCGCUGUAUACUGCCUACCCCUAUUCACGGGGAUACAUCCACAUCACCGGGCCGGAGCUGGCCGACCCACUUGAUUUUGACGUCGGAUUCUUCAGUGAUAAGGAUGAUAUCGACGCCAAGAAGCAGCUAUGGGCCUACAAAAAGGGACGCGAGAUCAUGCGCCGGACGGCCAUGUAUCGCGGCGAGGUGGCGUGGGGCCAUGCCGAGUUCCCUCCCGGGUCCAAGGCAGCCUGCGUCGAGGAUUGGACAGAGGUACAUGGUGAGAAUGUGUCGGAUAUAGAGUACUCGGCGGAAGAUGAUCAGGCUAUCCUGAAAUUUCUGCGUGAGAACAUAAACACGACUUGGCACUCAUUGGGAACGGUCAAGAUGGCCCCGCGGGAGAAAAUGGGGGCUGUUGAUGCCGACUUGAAUGUGUAUGGGGUUUCGGGUCUUAAAGUCGUUGAUAUAAGUAUCGUGCCCGAGAACGUUGGAUCGAACACGAACAACACUGCGUUUGUUGUUGGGGAGAAGGGAGCCGAUAUUAUUAUCAACGAGUUGGGCCUGGGUGAUAAGUAUGAAUGA